UCACGUUUACAAACCACGCACAAGGGCGUUUACAGCGGAAGAUAAGGAGUUGAUGUACGUUUAUAAAAGCCGCGUUUGAGUCACCAUUCAUUCCGAAGAAAUGAAAUCUUCCAUUUCUGAACUUUUAAAGCUCUCUUCUGACAACAAACUUAUUCUGCAUCCUUCCGCGUUGAAGCUGUCAGAAACUGAUGUAGGUGAUCACUUCGCUCGGAGCUCUUCCUUCAUUCCACUAACACGCGUUGAUCAGUUCUUUGCUUCAAGACUUCAUCAUGAAAAUGGAAUGUAAACUCUUGCCAUUUCUAGACCAGAAGCCAGAGACAUCCUCCCCAAAAUAACUCUUGUGCUUCAUGAGAGCACCGUUGGAUUACCAAUCAAAUCAAAACCAAACACAAACCAAAUAGAAAUCCAUCUGACAGACGGCGGAUGCAUCAGUUUCCUUCUAGAAAGACAGCAAACCAAAGGAAUAAGAGAUUUUAUGUGCUUUUGCUUGCAUUUUUACCCAAAUUUUUUUAGACAAUUGCAUUUUGAACUUUCAUAACAGCUUAAACAUGUUAAAAACGGGACCAGCGAUGGAGGCAGCGGAUAUUGCAGUUGUAGCACUUUAUUUUGUUCUCGUGCUCAUAAUUGGUCUGCUCACCAUGUGGAAGGCCAACCGUAGCACCGUCAGCGGCUACUUCCUGGCUGGUCGAACUAUGAACUGGGUGGUGAUUGGUGCCUCGCUGUUUGUCAGCAACAUCGGCAGUGAGCAUUUCAUUGGACUUGCUGGUUCUGGUGCAGCCAGUGGUUUUGCAGUAGGCGCCUGGGAGUUCAACGCCCUCCUGCUUCUGCAGCUGCUCGGUUGGGUGUUCAUCCCAGUGUACAUCUACUCUGGAGUUUACACCAUGCCAGAGUACCUCUCCAAGCGCUACGGGGGCAGGCGGCUAAAGGUUUACUUUGCCGCCCUCUCACUUCUGCUGUACAUCUUUACCAAACUCUCAGUGGACUUGUACGCAGGAGCUCUUUUCAUCCAGGAGUCUCUUGGCUGGAACCUCUACCUGUCAAUCAUCUUGUUGAUCUCAAUGACCGCCUUGUUGACAGUAACCGGUGGACUGGCUGCCGUGAUCUACACGGACACUCUACAGGCCGUGCUCAUGAUUGGCGGUGCAAUGACCCUUACUAUCAUCAGCCUGGUCAAGGUAGGCGGUUUGGAAGGGGUGCGGGAAAAAUACAUGGAGGCGAUCCCAAACGUCACAGCCAUCCUGGCUAACAGCAACUUCAGCUUCCAGUACACAAACUCCUGCCGAAUCCAUCCCAAGCCAGAUUCCCUCAAGCUCCUACGAGGGCCGCUGGAUGAGGACAUCCCUUGGCCAGGGUUCAUUUUGGGUCAAACGCCCUCAUCCAUUUGGUACUGGUGCGCUGACCAGGUCAUCGUCCAGAGAGUGUUAGCCGCCAAGAACAUCGCCCACGCCAAAGGCUCUACGCUUAUGGCGGGAAUGCUUAAGAUCCUUCCCAUGUUCAUCAUUGUUAUUCCAGGAAUGAUCUCAAGAAUAUUGUUCCCUGAUGAGCUUGCAUGCAUCGGACCAGAGCACUGCUUGGCUGUGUGCGGCAGUCAGGCUGGCUGUUCCAACAUCGCCUACCCUCGGCUGGUCAUGACCGUGAUGCCAGUGGGUCUCAGAGGGUUGAUGAUGGCUGUGAUGAUCGCCGCCCUCAUGAGUGACCUAGACUCGAUUUUCAACAGCGCCAGCACCAUCUUCACAUUGGACAUCUAUAAAAUGCUGCGUGAAUGCGCCUCUUCCCGUGAGCUGGUAGUCGUCGGCAGGUUUUUUGUGAUAUUCAUGGUGACUAUUAGCAUUGCUUGGGUGCCUGUCAUUAUUGAGAUGCAAGGCGGCCAGAUGUACCUCUACAUCCAGGAAAUGGCAGGAUACCUCACACCUCCUAUUGCCGCCCUCUUUCUCCUUGGAGUCUUCUGGAAACGUUGCAGUGAGACCGGCGCAUUUUGGGGUGGCAUGACUGGGUUCGUACUCGGCACUACCCGCCUCUUCCUUGGUUUUAUAUAUCGUGAGCCAAAAUGUGACCAGCCGGAUGACCGGCCGACUUUCAUCACGCACGUCCACUACAUGUACAUUGCCGCUGGCCUGUUUUGGAUAUCCGGGCUGGUGGCUGUGUGUGUCAGUCUGUGCACAUCGCCUCCAGAAGAGGAGAAGAUCAAGCGUACCACAAUCUGGGGCUUGAAAGAACUUAAGCGCCUACCUGUGACUGAACGAGAGGAAAUGUACAAACUCACUAAUGGCAGUGGCGACGGUGUUCUAAAGAAAGACGUUCCUGAAGAUGUCCAGAAGGAGAGAUGUCUUGAUGGGGCUGAUUUGAAACUGCUUAUGCCCUCCCCUUGUGACCAAGAUCACAUGACCCCAAGCACAGAGGCAUCCACACCAAUGGAGCUGUAUGCCAACGGUCAUGCAAAUCUUGUAAAACAGAACAAUCAAGGCAAGUGUGGAGAUGAUGAGAGCUGCCUGCAAAUGUUUGACUGGAUUUGUUGUCACAAGGAGAAAACGUCCGUCGCCGAACCCAAAGUCAUUAAAGAAGAUGAAGGAGUUAUUCGUGAAAUGCUUCACGAACCUCCAAAGAUCAAGCUCUUAUUGAACUUCGGCCUGGUAUUUGUCUGUUUGCUGGGUGUUUUUAUGUUUAUCUACUUCUCCUUGUAAUAUGCUGAUCUUGCAGUACCGUAAGGCCUGUGUGAACGACAGCACAUUUAUAUGAACUAUUUGUUAUUGCAAGCCAUUUAGGGUCUGUAAUAUUUACAGUGUGGUUUAUUUUCUUCCUUUUAGGGACUCUUAAGUAUUUUGAAUCAUACUGAUAGAAGUUAUUUAUUCCUUCACCUUGGCUCUGUCACACCUUUUUGAAAAUAUUAAGCUAUUCUUUGUGGUAUGUUGAUGACCAAAUGCAUUACUGAAACUGUAGCUUUUUAUAGUUAAUAUUUGGUUGAGCUAAGGCAGUGAUUUUUCAAACUGGUCUGGCGAGCAUCCCCAACGCUGCACAAUUUGUAGGUCUCUCAUAUGUGACACACCCAUUCCAGGUCUUGCCGUCUACUAAUUAGCUGAUGAGUUGAAUCAGUUGUGAUAGAUGAGGGAGACACAGAAAAUGUGUAGUGUUGGGGGCGCUCGCAGGACCGGUUUGAAAACCACUGAGCUAAGGUAAUGUAGGAUACACUAUUUCUUUUCAUUGGUAAAUUUUGCCUUAAUGUGUGUACUCCGCCAAACCGAAAAGCGGUUAGUUUUUUUCCCACAAGUCAAGUUUUUUUUUUUUUUUUUUUUAACAGACUCAUAUAAUACAUAAAUAUAUGAAGAAGUUGUCUUUUAUAUGUGCAUUUGUAAUUGUAAGCACACUGUUAAGUCUACCAAAUUUCUAAACCUUGACCUCACUUGUAAAUUUCUCACUUGUGUAACUGGAGUAGUGUUUCUAAAGUUUUAACGUUAAAUUGAAAUUGUGAAAACGAUCAAUUUUCAGUUAGAAAAGGUGAGAAAUUUAUUAUGAUGUAUGAUGAUGAUUUAUUUAAAACAAAAACUUUUGUUUAAAAAGAUGCCAUAUCAUUAAGGUGUUGUGCCGUCAAAUACGAGUAUUUAGGUCCGUACAAUUAAAUUGUAACUGUAACCGUAUGUAAAUUGCUGUGUGUUUCUGCACUUUCAUGUCUUUGUAUUUAUAGCUACUUUCAUUGGACAAAAAAACACCAAAAUGCCUUUUUUGCAGAGCAUUUGAGCAAAGCAUAAGCUGUAAAGACACUGCUUUGUCUUCAUUUUGGGAAUAUAACAUUUACUGUGGAAAAAAAAAAAAAGACUUCCAAUAUGUUAUCGCAACAAAACAACUCAACUAUGAAAUGCACAGACUGCUAAUAUGGAUGUUACUUAAUGACCAUUAGAACCGUUACAGAAAAGACUUGAGAACACUGUUAUUAAUGUGUUAAAAACUGAUAUCAUAACUGAUAUUAUGAUAUCCCAAAACAUAAAGACUGGGAUGUCCAGUCUUUUGAUUGCUGCGCAAAAUAGUAUCUUGUUCUUCUAGAAGAAGAAUUCGAUUGUGGCUGCAGUAACAGGCAUUGCCUGUUGUUGAUCUGCUGUUGAAUGCACUAUUUGUUCAGACAAAGAGGAACUGCUGGGUGGCCUUAGUGAAAAUGUGACAGCCGUGAGGGAUUUUCUAGACAGAUUUAACUUAUUUUUUUAAGCACAAGUUCACAAUGUUGGUUUAAUACCUUCAAAAGCUAGUAAUUGUCAUGAAAUGUGACCCAAAGGUGCAACAUUUGCAAGUAUGUCAUAACUCAUAUCUCAUAUAUCUUGAAAAAAAUUCCCCCCAAAAAUAAGACGGGGAUAAAGACGUUGGAAGGCUAUUGUUUUACAUUGUAAAUUUAAAAUCUGUUUAAAUCACUGAGUAUAAAUCAAUUUUUGUACAGAUAAUCUCUUAGGUACAUGACUAAAAAGAAAAUGUUUAAUAGAGAUCUGUUCUUUUACAUUUAUUUUCUCAAAAUGAAUGGUUUGGUUUUUGACACUUAUGGUCCUUGUGAAUGUUACUGUGAUUCCUAUUUUUUUUUUAAAAAAAUUUUAUCAGUUCAUCUUUUUCUAAUUUGUAGAAGCCAUUCUCAAUCUCAGAGUGAAAGUAUACAGCCAUGUCAUUGCUUAAACUGUAGGUAUAAAGGUAUAUUUACAAAGUUUGGGAACUGUUGUAAUUGUGUAAGGCCUAAUUGAUUCAGAGAAUUGUUCUCUGAAUCAGUUAGAUCAUCCAUACCUGACAUGAUCUCAUUGAAUUGACAAAAUUGUCAAUUUUCUUUUUUGUUAUAGACUUUAUGCUCCAACAGAACAUCAUUUAGCACAAAUUGAACACUUGGCAGUGUCAUACUUUAACUACUACUUGCUUAGGGAUGUGGAAGUGGUUGUUGGUUUUGGAUACACCACAGAUUUUCAAACCAACAACCCAAAGUUUUUGAAUAAUUUACCCAUGUAUUUACUAGUGAAAUGAUGGGGUCUUUUUUUUUUGAAGGCACUAUGUUUGUGUUUAAUAAUGUGAAUUUUAAUCGACUGUUACGUUUGAUUUGAUUUAACGUCACACUCUAAGGAUACUUAUUUUAACAUUUUUUUUUAUGACAAAAGGGUUUUGUGUUUAUGUGGUUUGUUUUCAGUAGCUCAUGUUUUACAUUUGUAUUGAAUGGUGUAUAGAUUCCAUAUAUUUCUGUUGUGAUUUUUAGAGUGUGUACAUUUCUUAUGAUCCCUUGUGUUGCAGAAAUCGGGCUUUAUCGAUUCAUUGUGAUGAGUUCCAUGAGCUAAAAAGAUGCAUAUGGAGUUUAUUGCUUGCAAUCUCUGAUCUCAUCAGAAAUACGAAAAUGAUUUGUACAUUGUACAUCUGCUACUUUUAUUAUCAAAAGUUGCAGAUGAAUAAAAAGACAUUCAUUUGAGAAGGACAAACUGUACUUGGUUAUUUGACAUUAAAUCUUCUAUAUUGUACCAUUUA